GAUGUUUUAUGCUAAACGAUGAUGGUAGCAUUGGUAAACCAUUCGUUUUUCCGGGAUUUUCUCAAGGCAUCGACGAUGUUACCGAGUUCAAUACGUGGGAGGAAUGGAAAAACAAUAUUCUUCUUGCAUAUAAUAAAUCGUCUAAUAAUGCAUACGAACCAAAAAUAAAGACAUUUGCAACGACCAUCAGCAGUAUAUAAACAUGAACAGCUCAUUAUAGGUAGAGCACUCGAAUCGAUCCUUCGACGAGUAAAGUAAAAAUGUUUUGUCCAGAAUUUGAAUAUUUUCAACACUAACUAUCAAACAAGUUUUAUUCGUUGCCAACUAAUGGCCAAGCAAUCCUUUUGCAUGGAAUAGAGCACGCCCUAAUUAGUUUUGAAAAUUUAUAUGUGCCGCGAAACGAUUUACCUUUGAGUCUCCCAGGGGUGCAACUAGAAACUAGAAAGGAAUCCAACGAUACAUCUUUCAGUCCUGAAGAAGUUCAACUAGAAAUUAAAGAGGAAUCCAUCAACGAUGUAUAUGUGCCACCAAACGAUAUACCUUUCAGUCCUGAAGAAGUUCAACUAGAAAUUAAAGAGGAAUCCAUCAACGAUGUAUAUGUGCCACCAAACGAUACACCUUCUAGUUCUAAAGAAGUUCAACUAGAAACUAAAGAGGAAUCCAUCAACGAUGUAUAUGUGCCACCAAACGAUAGAGGCGAUCGACCAACUAUGGAUGUUUCGCCCGGGCCUACUAAUAUUCCGAUAAUAGAUCUUACCGAGGAUGAUUGGCAACUUCGUUUGGAUAAAGUGUACGGGCCCAAGACGUUGAAGUUGAAGUACCUUCAAGCGUUUGAUGUAUUGAACCAAUUUAUUAAAUACCACAAGUCGAUAAUUGAAAGCAGGUCUCAUGUUUAUUACAAAUUUGUUGGCUCCGAACACUAUCUUGAGAGAGUUAUUCAAAAUUAUGGUUUCCAGUUUGUCUCGUUAUAUGGAAUGCCUUUCAUGUGCAUUUGUGAUGAAAGAUCGCACAAAGGUAAACACAUGCAUGCUUUUAUUUUUCGAAGAAUAACCGACCAAAUUCCAACUAGAGACACGUUAACUGAUUUUAUUGAACCGCCAAUUACUGACGUUUCGCUAUGGGUUGAAACUGCCCUAUACAUGAUGGAAAAAGGCAAAAGUCGAAAAUUUCAUUGUAAAACGUUUACUUCUCCUUUAUGUAUUGAUAAUCCUUUACUCAAACGAAUGUUGAAAGAUUUUCUACUGCUUGGACUGAAAUAGAUAUUUGAUUGAACUAUACCUUUGUCUUUUAUUAAACACGCAUUCUCUAUAGGGUACUAGUGCUUGGACUGAAAUAAAUAGACUUUUGAUUAAACUACCUUUGUCUUUUAUUUAACACGCAUAUUGUUUAGGACACUAUUGCAAUGAGGAACUGAAAUAAAUAGACAUUUGAUUAAACUACCAUUGUCUUUAUUAAACACGAGUUACGACUUUGUAUUGCGAUUCUUUUUUAGGUUUACAGGAAUCUUGUGCUUUAUCGGCUUGUGCGGGUGCUGCAGCUUUCUUGUUCUUCUCUGGCACAUCGACAAGCUGCACCUGACAACGGCGGCAUAACAGUUCUAGAUAAUUGGGCAUUUUUAGCAUAUCCUUCGUGUCUCUCGUUUUAAAGUAAACGUACAUGGAUUUGAUCAUUUUAUAGUAACUCUUGACGUGCAGCUCACAAACUGACCCACGUGCAGCUCACAAACUGAACCAAGCUCAAUUUAUUUUCUUGAUUGCAGAACGGGCAAAAAUCGUACAUGUUGUCGACAGCACUGCGCCGAAGAUGUACAAGUUGAUGCUUUAAGGCCGAACCGAGCCGAGCCCAAGUUUCGAAACAGAACAAACAUCGAUAAUUGCCUUGGGUUUUACAGCGUUUAGAAAUACCGA